AUGACGCUGGGGCUCCACAUUACAGGGCAACAGGGGAGAAAUUGCUUGAACGAAAUGAAUGCGUCCGAACAUGCCGAUGUGGCCAUUGUGGGUGGUGGUGCGGCCGGAUUGCUGGCCGCCAUCUGGGCAGGCCGGACCGAACCGAAGCGACGUAUCGUCAUUUUGGAUGGUGCUAAACGGUUGGGGGCGAAGAUCUUGAUCGCCGGGGGCGGCCGCUGCAAUGUGACCAACGAGAAAGUCACCCCCAAAGACUUCUGGGGCAGUUCUCCGAACGCGAUCAAAAAGGUGCUCGGUCGAUUAACACAGCCACAAACGAUCGAAUUCUUCGCCGAACUAGGCGUCAAGCUGAAGCGAGAACCGACCGGAAAACUGUUUCCUACGACUGAUAAAGCCAAAACCGUUCUGGAAGCCUUGCUGGGUGAGGUCGAGCGACUGGGAAUUGAGAUCUGCCUGGGGCAUCGUGUCGAGAACAUCAAAGCGGUAACCAAUGAUUCUGGCGAAACCACGUUCGAGGUGGUCGGUCCCUGGGGACACUUGGUCAGCCCACGACUUGUUCUGGCAACGGGGGGGAAGAGUGUUCCCAAGACGGGAAGCGAUGGACAUGGACUGGAACUGGCCAAACGAUUAGGGCACGAGAUCACCUCAACUAUUUAUCCCGCACUCGUUCCUCUGCAACUGACCGACGGCGCACCACUGACGCGUCUUUCGGGAAUUGCCCUGCCGGCGCGACUGCAGCUGAGUGAAACGAGCGGCAAGCGGAUCGAAACGAUUUCAGGCGAUUUGCUGCUGACCCACAAAGGGCUUUCCGGCCCUGCGGUGCUGGACAUGAGCCGCCACUGGAUUGCCGCCUCGGCAGAUAGGGCCGUUCGUCUGACGGCCAACUGGUUGCCGGAGACCGACGAAGAAACAGUUCAAGCCGAUCUGCUGGACCUCGGCAAGCGUUCUGUGCGAGCCUAUCUUCGCGAACGUCUGCCGGAUCGCCUGGCGGAGUUGCUGUUGGAAAUCGCAGAAGUGCCCUUGGAUCAAACAGGCGUCGACUUGACGAAGCACCAGCGAAAGAACCUGGUCACGGCUGUCUGUAGCUUUCCACUGGAUGUCCAAGGAACGCUGGGAUUCAAAGUGGCCGAAGUCACGGCCGGCGGUGUGCCUCUUUCGCAGAUCGACUUGAAGACGAUGCAAUCGCGCUUGGUCCCGGGGCUGCACUUUUGCGGCGAGAUCUGCGAUGUCGACGGUCGCAUUGGUGGCUUCAACUUUCAAUGGGCAUGGUCCAGCGGCUACGUCGCAGGACCUCCACUGAUGCGUAACCUGCUCUCCGUUUUGUUUUGUCUGGCACUGUUGGGCAGUCUUUCUAUCGGAUGCAGUUCCAGCGAUUCACCCGCGGUCGAUAACGCAGCCGGUCAGGCCCCCACGCAAGAUCAAAUGGCCACCGAAGCCAUGCUGGUCAACGCUGGGGCUCGGGUCGAGAAAGAUGGCAACGGUGCGGUCGUGCUCGUUGACUUCUCUGGCAAGCCGAUCGACGACAACCUGAUGAAGCGGAUCGGCACGCUACCACAGCUGCAAAAGCUUUUGCUGCGGGGAUGUGCGAUCAACAACGCGAUGCUGGAAAGGCUUGGUUCGCCGAAAGAACUGCAA